CCGAUAUGAAGUAAACUUCCACUCUUAUAGUAGAAACACUCAAAAACGCUUCCUUCCUUCCUUCCUUUUCCUUCCUUAUCGGCAAAAUGAGUGCACAGUGGAGAACGUGUCAAGAACGUAGAAAUCAGCUGUUCUCUUUUGUUUACAUUUCAUUUGUUUGACAUUUCAUACAAUUCAACAAUUUUUGUGUAAGCAGCAACAUGGAAGUGGAGAAUAUUGAUCAAAUGCUUUUAGAAUUGUACGAAUUGUACUCUUUAUAUAAUUUAUAUAAACAGUAUAAAAACAAAAAACGAACGAGAAGGUACAAAAUUCGCCCAAUCAAUCAAAACUGGGGCGUUAGCGGUUACCAGAUAAAAACUUUUCUGGUAAUGAAAAACAGGGAACCAGAACAACUUUUUUUGCAUACAAGGAUGCCGCCGGACGUUUAUAAUUUGCUUCUGAAUUUGAUAUCGAAAUCCUUGAAGAAGCCAAGGCAGCGGAUUGGACCCGAAGAAAGGCUCUCGUUGGUAUUACUCUAUUUGUCACAAGGCGUGUCGGUGCAGAGCAUUGCAUGGAGCUAUAAGUUAGGAAAGUCAACAGUACGCGAAAUCAUAUUAGAGACGUGUGAAGUAAUCUGGCAGCUACUUUCCCCAAUUUAUGUAAGCGAGCCAACAGAGUCUCAAUACAAGGACAUUGCAAAAGAUUUUUAUAAUAUGUGGAACAUUCCGAAUUGUGUCGGUGCAAUUGAUGGUAAGCACGUUGCAAUUAAGUGCCCGGCCAAUUCCAAUUCGAUGUUUUACAAUUAUAAAAAAUUCUUUAGCAUCGUUUUGAUGGCUGUAUGUGAUGCGAAAUAUACGUUCACAGCAGUUAGUAUUGGCAGCUAUGGAAGUCAAAGUGACGGAGGAAUCUUUCGACUUACUCCAUUUGGCCAUGCAUUAAUACAAAACACUCUGCCUUUGCCACCACCUGUGCCACUGUCUGACGUGUCACCGGAACCUUUUCCUUACUUUUUUGUUGGAGAUGCCGCAUUCCCAUUACGAAAUAAUUUAAUGCGCCCAUUUCCUGGAGCUAAUCUAACACACACGAAACGUAUUUUCAAUUAUCGAUUGUCACGCGCUCGUAGAGUCAUAGAAAAUUCCUUUGGUAUAUUGACUGCUCGGUGGAGAAUUUUGAGAACAACGAUUGAAUGUAAUCCAGAAAAUUGUGAAAAAAUUGUGUUGGCUUGCAUAGCCUUACACAAUUUCAUAAUGUUGAAUGAUCACAAUCGCUGGUAUUGUCCGGAGAACUAUGUAGAUCGAGUUGAAGGACAUAACGUUGUUCAUGCCGGUGAGUGAACUUCAGUGCGUAGAGGUCCUUCAAGUGCGUUUAAUUUACGCGAAAGACUUGCUAACUAUUUUAUAAAUGAAGGAUCUGUACCAUUCCAGAACAAUAUAGACUCUAUCACAGGAGGACCAUAUGCUCCUGGAGAACCUUAUUAAAAAUAAUCACCUUUUUUUAAAUUUAUGAGAUUAUUUAUUUCAUUUCAUUAAUUUUUUUAAUUAAUAACAAUUCAUUUCAUUUUUUUCAUUUUUUCAUUAAUAACAAUGUUUAAACUUAUUUACUAAUGGACUAAUGGAUAACGAAAAUAAACACAUAAAUAAAUAUAAAAUUAUAAUUUAAAAAUAAA